AAACCAACUUGGUGAGUUGAGAACUCCAAAAUAUUUACAGAGGUAUUUGAGCUUGAACAUGGCAUCAACAUUAAUAAAAAGAAGAACAAUCUUCUUUUAAAUCGCUUAGAAUCUUCUAGCUUACUUAACACUCUCAAGGGGUUUGUAAUCAACGAAAUGCAAAUCCAUGAGGAAUUUGAUCUUGAACGACGAACUGCCAAAAUGAAAACUAUCCUUUUGCCAUGGUCAUUUUAACACACACAGGAUUCUCAGUUUUGCUUUUCACGACAAAACAUAAAAAUGUAACACCAAAAAACAAUCCAAAACACAGAACUCUAACGAACAGAAUGGCAAGCCAGUUAUGACGAAUCCAUAUGCCAGAAUAUCAAUGGUUAUCGUAAACACAUUAUGCCUCAACUCUUAUUGUGUUGCAUUCGGAAGAAUUCCUUAACAGUGGGAAAACACUUCCCUGCCCAUUCCAGGCUACGUGGUUUCUCGUCUGAUAGAGUUUUAGAAAACAGGCUUCUUAGCAUGUAUGCCAAGUGCGGAAAUCUGCGGGAUGCACGCAAACUGUUUGACGAAAUGCCUGAUCCUGAUGAGUGCUCAUGGAGCGUCUUGAUUGCAGGUUGUGCAAAGCAAGGGCUACCUAAUGAGGCACUAGAAUUGUUUCGGCAAAUGCAGGGAAUGGGAGUCCAGGCCAAUCAAUUCACGUUGUCUGGCGUGCUCCCGGCCUGCGCAAGCUUGGGAUCUCUUCAUGAGGGAAUGGAAAUUCAUCAAGAGAUAGUAAGAAGUGGGUUAGAGUUAGAUAUGUUUGUGUCCAAUGCUCUGGUAGAUAUGUAUGCAAAAUGCGGGUGUGUCGAGGUUGCUCGCCAUGUGUUUGACAAAAUGUCUGAACCAGAUAGGGUGUCCUGGACGACCAUGAUUGCUGGGUAUGUGCAAGCAGGUCGGCUUGAUGACGCUCUCAGCGUAUUUCGACAAAUGCCUCGGAGAGAUGUGCGAGCUUGGACUGCAAUGAUGGUGGGAUAUGCACAGAAGGGGUUUGUUGAUGAGGCAAUGAAGUUGUUUGAUGAAAUGCCGCAACGAGAUGUGGCAUCAUGGAAUGCUAUGAUUGCAGGAUUGGUACAGAAUGGGUAUGGGGAUAAAGCCUUGAAGUUGUAUGCAGAAAUGCAGUCAGCUGGCCUUAAGCCAAACUCAAAGACGUUUGCUAGUAUCAUACCAGCGUGUGCAAAUCCAGGAGCUCUACAACAGGGAAAGGAGAUCCAUAAGCAAGUGAUAAGAAGUAGGCUUGAGUCUACUGUCUUCGUGGCUAGUUCCCUUGUAGACAUGUAUGCAAAAUGUGGGGAUAUACAGAAGGCACGCGAACUGUUUGACAAAAUGCAAAACAAAGAUGUUCUCUCGUGGACUGUAAUGAUUGCAGGUUAUACACAGAAUGGGUUUGAUGUGGAAGCUCUAGAGAUUUUUGAUCAAAUGCAGUUGGCAGGUGUGAAACCAGACUUCAAAACCUUUACCAGUGUUCUUCCAGCAUGUGCCAACUUGGCUGCUCUGCAACGAGGCAUGGUAAUUCAUGAGCAAAUUGUUAGAAGCGGAGUAGAGUCUGAAUCAGUUGUGAUGAAUGCCUUGAUAGACAUGUAUGCGAAAUGUGGGAGUUUAUAUAAGGCACGCGAACUAUUUGAUAGAAUGCAUAAACCAACAGUUGUCUCGUGGACAGCAAUGAUUGCAGGAUAUGCUAUGCAUGGUUAUUGCAGGGAUGCCCUGAAGCUAUUCGAGGAAAUGAAGCAGUCUGGCACAAGCCCAAACCAUAUUACUUUAGUUUGUGUUUUAUCUGCAUGCUGCCAUGCAGGUUUUCUUGAGGAUGCCAAUCGGUAUUUUACUUCAAUAAGUGAAUGCUAUCACAUCACACCUACAAUGGAGCACUAUAGCUGUAUGGUUGAUAUCCUCGGUCGUGCUGGGAAGCUGGAUGAAGCACACAACUUUAUCAAGAAAAUGGCAAUAAAACCAAAUGCUAAUGUAUGGAGUUGUUUACUCAGUGCAUGUAGAGUACAUAACAAUACAGCUCUAGGACAAGAAGUUGCACUGCAUCUUUUUGAGUUAGACCCUGAAAAUCCUGCACCUUAUGUGCUUCUUUCAAAUAUUUACGCUGCAGGUGGUAGAUGGGGUGAACUUGAGAAGCUGAGGAAAAUUAUGAAUGACAGAGGGGUGAAAAAAACUCCUGGAUGUAGUUGGAUUGAGGUUAAUAAACAGGUCCAUUCUUUCCUAGCAGGAGACAAGUCAAACUCAGAAAUGCAGAAUAUCUGAACAGAUUUCGAGAUAUGAUCUCAAGAGAUGAAAGCAACAGGAAUAAAUUUGGGUAAAGGCAGAUCCUGACGCCACAUGGGUAGGAGAUUGGAUAGUCGAUAUAGUUGCCUUCGGGAGGAGGAAGCGAACACCUGAGAAUGGUUAGAAGAUUAACGGUGAGAGUAGAUAAAGUGGAAUAGUUUGGAGGAAAAGGAAUGGAUAAAAAGAGUCGGUUAUGAACAUUAAAAAUCGGUUGGGAAAUGGUCAAAAAAGCAAGAGAGAAAAUGAAAGUCAAGGCGGAUAAGAGGAGGUUGUUAGCAAGCGAUGCAAAUGUGUGGCCGGUGAGAGUAAUGGGAAGAGGCCAGAUAGGCCGUAAUUGAAGAAAGGUCAGGUCAAGGAGGAGCUCAGAGUGUGGGCUUGCGUACGAGGGUGUCAGCCAAAAGAGGUGAAGGGCUGCGUCGAGCAAGGAAGAGGCCGAGCAGAAGUGGGCCAAAUAGAAGGGAAGAAGCCCUUGUUUUGGGGGAAUGUGAUUUGGGAAGAGACAAAAUGGAAAAGAGAGAGAAGAGACGACCCGACAAGAGGAGGAACUUGAUCCUAGAAAGGAUCGAUCUUUGCUUUGUAAUCUCAUUCAAGACAUAAAUAAAUGAAUAUUUGUAUCA